AUUACAAAGACAGCCGAAACAAAUACGAGGGAAAGAUUUUGGGCUUCAUAUCUCUAUGUUGACCACCUGCCACUUCGGCCCAUUUUAUCUAUCCGUCGGCCCAAUAAGGCCCACACAAUAUCAGGGCGUCAUCCGUAGCAAAACGAGCCAGGCACGUGCGAGCACGUCUCUUCGUUGUACCCGCACUGACAUCACGUGCAGUGCCCCAGGCGGUUGCAGAGUGAUUUGGGGUUUUUAGCUUCAACUGUACCCUCAUCUUCCCCUUCUAUUUACCCAAUUGCCAUCCUCGGCGUUUACCAUUUUUACCCCUCACCCUCUGGCUCGGUAGCAGUGGCAGUUUGGUCGUUUUCUCGAGAACUCGGAUGGAGAGAGAGCUCUAUUGAUUGACAUUAUAAAUCAAAACCAGAGCAUGCAACUAUUUUUUUUAUUCUAUCUGCCGCUUCUCAUAUGUUAGCUUCCCCCUCGCUCAAUCUACGCUGCCAACAAUAAUUAAUUGCGUGUUGCAGAAGCUAUAUCUUCUUCUUUCCCGAUGGUCAACCUCCAAAACCCUAGCGAUGGUGGUGACCUACUUCAACCAGAUUCGCCAAGUCACAGCGACGAUCUCGAAUUCUCUUCCUCCGCAUGCUCCACGCCGUUCGUCAGCGCACCUUCCAGCCCCGAGUGCGGAUCACCACAUGCAGCAGCGGUGAUAUCCGGAGGAUGCUUCUUCAGCGCUCCGGCGAGCCCCAUGCACUACGCGCUGACCUCCUCUCCUUCAGCCACGUGUCCUCCGGAGCCGCAGCGAGUGGCAGCUUCGUCGCUGUUCGAGUUCGAAUUCGAGUUCUCAUCUCGGUUCUCCGAGAGCGGAGAUUUCACCAUCGGAUCCAUGAGCUCGGCCGACGAGCUGUUCCUCAAUGGUCAUAUUCGGCCGAUGAAGUUAUCGUCUCACUUGGAGAGGCAGCAGAUCUUGGCUCCACUGGCGGAUACCGAAGGCGACAAUGAUGGCGAGUCGAUCGAGCGAGGUAGAGAUCUAAAGCUUCAGAGCAGAUCUCUGCACAGAACGGCCCGAUCUCUGUCACCAUUUCGUAGCGCUGCGUUGCAGAGGCCAGAAGAGGAGAAUCACAGCGUCAGAGACCGGAAGGAGACAAUGCCGGAAAACGAUGAUAUGGCGCCGGGAGGUGGAACGACGCCGUCGUCUUUAGCCUCUUCUUCUUCGUCACGGUCAUCCUCUUCCGGGAGAAACUCGAAGAAAUGGAUAUCCCUGAAGGAGUUCCUUCACAGAAGCAAAAGCGAAGGGAGAAACAACGAGAAAGAGAAGUUCUGGUCCUCCGUGGUGUUUUCUCCAUCCAAAGAGAAGAAACUCUCUGGAAACACCAAUAAUGCCAAGGAGAUCGACAAGCAGAAACCGAAGCAGAGAGAGAAGAAGAAGGAAAGCAAACAACCUAGGAAGUCUCCGGCGGCGAAACGGGGGGUGCAGGUGUCGGCGCACGAGCUGCAUUACACGACGAAUCGAGCUCAGGCGGAGGAGAUGAAGAAACGGACCUACCUUCCGUACAGGCAGGGUUUGUUUGGUUGCUUAGGGUUCAGCUCCAAAGGCUACAGUACGGUCAAUGGGCUUGCCAAAACCCUGAGCCCAGUCUCUUCAACAUAAGCUCAGCAUCACUGCCGCAGCCCAGAGUCCAAAUGUAAUCCAAACUUAUAUACCUAUGUACGUCUCUGGAUGUUGUUGGCAGGUUCACCUUAGUUUGUAUAAUUCGGAUUUUAUUACUUCUCGUAUAUAUAAGCAAAGCAAAGGCUCAUUGGGUUCA